CCAAAACCCAAAGAUGACAUCUCCGAUCGAAGCAGGCAGCGGAAGUAGGACCAUCCUCUGGUGCGUGCCGCGGGCAAUCUCUACGGCUUUUGCCAAGUGUCUGAGCUACAUCGAGGACACCGAAGUGUGGUUCGAACCCUACACCUUCAGCUACGCAGCAAGGGUACAGUACGAGCUGCACACCAAGCUCACUAUCCCGAAGGAGUAUGAGGGCAACGAGGAGAUAUUCCAGACAGUCAAGGAAUACACUGAUAAAGUCAUCAACACUAAAUCUGAGCCAGAUCGUCUUCCAUAUGGAUCUGUAAAACGCAGUCUUGAGAAUUCUACUGCCAAACACGUGUUUGUCAAAGAUAUGGCCUUCGGUGUACCUGACGGAUAUCGAGAGUACUUGCCAGAGGGUUACCGACAUACCAUGCUCAUUAGGGACCCGGAGCGUUUUCUCAUGUCUUACAGAAGGACCAUCUUUAACCAUUACUCGGAUGUGGGUGCCUUAAAAGGAGAAGCUGCGGAUGAGAAGACAUUUGACUUACAGCGUCAUGACGAUUUCAUUGCAAACUCUCAAGGAUGGUACAUGAAGGAUCUCUACGACCUCUGGAAGUAUCUCCAAGACUCUGGGAUUGAUCCUAACCCUCUCAUCAUUGACGGUGAUGAUCUACUCACCAAACCAGCUGAGACGCUUUCAGCUUAUUGUGCUGCAGUGGGGUUGCCUUAUAACGAUAGCUUACUCCAAUGGGAUGCAUCAGUAGAAACCUUCAAGAAGAUGAAAGCUUGUGGCGACAAUCUUCUGAUGGACAUCGUGAAUUUUUAUGGAACGGCCAUGAAAAGUAGCUGUUUUCUGCCUCCAAGUAAAAAACCACCACGUGAUCAACUACCCGCUGACGUCAUCAAAGGUUCUGACGAAGUCAUGAAAUACUUUCAAGAAAUGUAUGAAGCACGUCUGAGAAUUUGAAUCUGCUUAAAGGUUGUAUUAAUACACUCUAAAAAAGGUUUACCCAAUAUUGGGUAAAAUGGGAACAGGCAUGUUUGUUGGGUAAAAAGACACCGAAUUUUUUGUAAAUUUUACGCAAUGUUCUGUUGAAAUUCAACCUUCAAACAAGCAUUUUGCCUAAUUUUGAGGGGGAAAAUAACUCAGCAAACAUGCAUGUUCCCUUUCUAAACAAUAUUGGGGAAAAUUUUGAUAUCUGUAGAGGUACGGAAGCUGUAAAGUGCCAUCUACCCAACGAGAUAGCGACAUAUUUUACUUUCCCCGUCGACUUAACAACCUUACCAUGUCGACGAAGUCACAUCGUCUCAUGAAAAAUGUCUUGUCGAUCUGUCGAGAUACGUUGUCUUGCCAAUGUCGAUACAUAUCUCGUCAUCAUAGCAUAUUGUUUUAUUUUGUUAUUUCGACUUCUAACCUUUUUUUAAUCGACUUUGAAAGAUAACAUGUCGACUCCAUGUCGACAUACAACUGAUUUUUUACAAGUCGACUUGGCAAGAUGAAAUUUCUCGCCAUCGCGUAAUGUUGCUCACAUUUUAAAGCUUCCGUAUAGUUGAUUUAUUUUGUUAAUAAAAAAUACCCCCGUUUCAUUUCUAUGAUUUUACAGAUAUAUUGUGCGUGCGGAAAAAAAUCUUAUUAUUCCCGGCCAUGCUAGUGUAAAUUUUCCUUUUCCGUGUUCAAUGUGUAAGCGAUUCAAACGAGUGCUGAUUUAUUAUGGUGUUUUGUUUGACUCUUAACCAUGUUAACAAUAAUUGUUAUGGUAUGCCAUUAUCUCUAAUAGCAAAGUUCAUCCUUUUGGACUAAAAAUACAUCCUGAGCCAAGUGUUUAUUUAGUAGGUACCUUGCACGUACCUCUAUCGUGACAAAACUAUAUUUUUCUUUAAACCCCUCCCCCAUUGUUUUAAAUGUAAUGAUUUAAUUGCAUGGUAUGAAACUUACGAACCACAUACGCGUAGUUCUGGUGUUAAUGGGAUGGGGGGGUCUAUGAUAGUUCCACGACGUAGAAAAACAGACGAAGGACUAAAAAUGAUAAAAAUUUAUACCAUUUUCUGAAUAUCAUGUCAAAAUCUGUAAAAUCUAUCAAAAUUUUCGCUCG